CACCUUCCUCAAUUUCUCCCCCGUCUCCAUAAUUCUAGAGAGAGAAGGAGCAUGCGACGGUGAUUUAAGUGUCAUUAUUAUUAUUAGUGUCAAUUAAUCAAUUAAUUUUAGAGAGAGAAAAUGUUAGGUGUGUUCAGCAGAUCGGUGGUUGCUCCGCCGGAGGAGCUGGUGGCAGCCGGUUGCCGGACGCCGUCACCGAAGACCACAGCCGACGCUCUGGUAAAGCUCUUCCUCAAGACCAAACCGUCGGCGGUUUCCGUCCAGAUCGGCGACGAUGCGCAGUUCGCUUACUCUCACUCCAACCAGUCCGCUUUGCAGCCCAGACUUUUUGCGGUGAAAGAUGAAGUGUUUUGCUUGUUUGCGGGAUCACUUACCAAUCUGGGGAGUUUGAGGCAACAAUACGGGCUCGGAAAGCCAGCGAAUGAGGUGGUUUUGGUCAUCGAAGCCUACAAGGCCCUUCGAGACAGGGCGCCUUACCCUGCAAACCAUGUCGUAGGGCACCUUGAGGGCAACUUUGCCUUCAUAGUUUUCGACAAGUCCACCUCCUCUCUGUUCGUCGCAACCGACCAAUUUGGGAAGGUGCCUCUCUAUUGGGGGAUCACUGCCGACGGGUGUGUGGCGUUUGCGGACGAUGCCGACCUUCUCAAGACCGCUUGCGGGAAGUCACUCGCUUCUUUCCCCCAAGGGUGCUUCUUCUCCACAGCAGUUGGAGAACUGAAAUGCUAUGAAAAUCCCAAGAGCAAGAUCACUGCUAUUCCAGCUCCAGAAGAAGAAAUUUGGGGAGCCAAGUUUAUGGUGGAGGGAGGGGCAGGUGUUGUUGCAGCCACAAAAUAGAGAUGUGUCUCUACAAGUGAUGUGAGGUAUAGAAGAAGAUGUGUUGUGUGUGUGUAUAUACAUAUACAUACAUAUAUAUAUAUAUAUAUAUAUAUAUAUAUAUAUAUAUAUAUAUAUAUAUAUAGACACACACAGAUAUGUGUGUGUAACUGUGUAUGUAUAUGUAUUAUAUAUAUGUAUAUGAGAGGAUCGUUAAUCGAAGUCAUGUUGUGUUUGUAUAUUACUUGUACUAUAUAGUGCUUAAGGAGCUGUUUAUAUUUGGAGGUUUGUUUGGUUGGUUGUUUCACCUUCGCCGUUGUAAAGAACUAAAGAUGGGCUAUAUGUGUAUUGCUCUCUUCUUGUUCACUCCAAUAAUAAAAUCUUUACCAUGGUGUUAACUUUUAAAUAGACUGAUUUUUUAUUC